AUGUUUAAACUGUUGGAAAACAAGAUUAGAAAAGAUAAUCCUAACCAAGCCUUCUUGUCUUUCCACUGCAUCUUGCAGCAAGAAAAUCUGUGUAAAUCUGCACUUAACCUGAAGCAUGUGGUGGAUCCAGUGGUGAGUGUAGUAAACACCAUCAGGGCAAGAGCACUCAAUUACAGAGAGUUCAAGUCCCUACUGGAGGAUAUGGAGGUUGAGCAUGGGGAUGUCCUCCACGACAACAAUGUACGAUGGCUCAGUCUUGGCAAAGUGCUGAAGCGAGUGUGGGGCUUACGAAAAGAAAUUCUGCUCUUUCUCAAUAUGAAAAGGAUUGCUUGUGAAUUUGUUACAACAAUGGACUGUGAUGAGUGGAAAUAUGAACUUAUGUUUGCAGCUGAUGUUUUUGAAAAGUUGAAUGAGCUAAAUGUGAAAUUGCAGAGAAAGGAACUUUUGGCUCAUGAAAUGUAUAAGCAUGUUUAA